CACAUUCGUUCCCUCUCGCUGACAGCUCCUCCAUCCCGCCGGCACAACGGAAAUAGAGGUCAACUAUCCAUGUAGCAAAUUUCGCAAUGCGGGAAACUUUUACUUACGGCCGGUAGCUGAGGGUGAUGAGGUGGGGGAGUCUGGGUUGCAAAGAAGUUACCGAUCGUUCCGUCUGCAUAUUUAUACCGUCUCUUCUCCACAGUAGAUAUCGACACUAAAUAAUCCUUUCAGCACAUCACAGCACCGUUCGUCGCGAUCUAAAAUCCCACCAGCUCGUAUAAUAAUACCUUUCACCGCAAUCCAACUUCCGCAUCUAAAACAAUGUCGAUUCUCAGCAGCACCUUCGCUUGCCAGACCCAUACCUACCAAAGCGCGCCCACAACGGCCCUCGACGUUUACAAACCUGCCAACCACUGUCCUGCCUCGCGCCACAAGACUCUCAUCCUAUUCCACGGUGGCGGGCUCACCACCGGGAGUCGCGACGUGUUCAUCCCCGUCGGUAUCGCCACCCAGCUGCUGAACCGGGGCUGGAUUGUCAUCUCAGCGGACUAUUCGCUUCUCCCGCAGGCGAGCGGACUAUCGUUGCUCCGCAACCUCGCCAACAUCGAGACGUGGAUCACCGAGAACGCGGCGAAGGAGGGAAUCGACACGACCAACGUUGCCGUCGGCGGCGAGAGCGCGGGAGGGUACAUGAGUAUCCUUGC